AUGGCAACUGGACUUGCUAUUGCGCUUGCUAAAGGUGUGUUGGGAAAGCUUGGCGAGAUCGUAGCAGAGCAAGCAUGGAAUGAGGCAUCUCUCCUCCUCAACUUCAAAAAUGACUUUAUAUGGUUGGACAAGCAACUCAGCCUGAUUUGUGCUUCUCUACAAGCUGCAGAUGAGCUGACUGGGCUCACUGAUGCUGUGAAAAAAUGGCUGGCGGAUGUGAGAAAUAUUGUUUUUGAUGCAGAAGACAUAAUUGAUGAGUGCGCCGUUGAGCAUUUGUAUACAAAUACCUGUCAAUCAUGUGUGUGCAAUUGCAAUCAGUUGGUCUUUCGGUAUAAGAUGGGGAAGAGAAUUAAAGACAUCAAAGAAAGGAUUAGCUCUACCAUGCAAAACGCACAACAGCUCAAGCUUAUCCAUGAAGUGUCCCAUUUGAAUCAGCUCUCAACUAGUAAAUCUGAAAGUGAAAGAGGAGAAGAGUUGAGAAGAGGGAGUAUCUUGGAGAAAGAUGCACCAGCAGUGGCUAUAGAUUACAAGGAGAAGGAAAUUCUGAGAUUGUUAGACAACCAUGCCUUUGGAGUCGUCGCCGUCGUGGGAAUGGGCGGGCUGGGUAAAACAUUCCUUCUGCAGCACGUUUUCAACAGAUCAAAACAUAGGUAUGAUUGUUCUGCCUGGAUUUCUGUUUCCCAGACUUGUUCUAUUAGGAAAUUACAGUGUGACCUAGCCUCCCGCAUUGAUUUAAAAAUAGCCUCCCAAAUUAGUAGACUUGGUAUAACUGAUGUGCGGGCAGCUGAAUUCAUACACGAGGGAUUACAGGGCAAAAGAUGUUUGAUUGUCCUGGAUGACGUGUGGAAGACUAGUGUAGAAGGUAACUUGAUCUCCAGUCUUGGGCUUCCCACUGGCCGUGAGAAUCAGUGUCAAAUUGUUGUUACUACUAGAAGUAGAGAACUUGCUGUAAACAUGAAUGCCCACAUCUAUGAGAUGCAACACCUCUCGAAGGAGGAGAGUUGGGAUCUGUUUUGUCUCUUUGCCUUCCCAGAUCGUGAGGGAAGUAGGCCGCCUCAGCAGCUAGAGAGCUUGGCUCAUCAAACUGUACAAGAAUGUGGGAGGUUGCCACUGGCCUUAAAGACAGUUGCGGCAUCCAUGGCCAAGGCUCCUCUCACAUCAGAUUGGGAGGCAAAAUUGGGGCAGUUGAAAAAGGUAGGAAAAGGAGAAGACUUCAUAAUGAAAAUUUUAAAGCUGAGUUAUGACUCUCUUCCUCCCUAUCUGAAAUGUUGCUUUGCUUACUUCUCUUUCUUUCCAGAGGACACAAAUUUUUCUUUUACUACUUUUAAAGUUGAUUAUUCUAUAUACCUGGACAAUGUGAUAUAUUUGUGGAUAGCGGAAGUAUUCAUUCCGCAAGAAAAAGGUAGACAACAGUGGGAUAUUGGGCUACAGUAUCUGCAUCAACUUGAAAAUUUAUGUUUGCUGGAAGUAAACAGAGGUUCAAGUUGUUACACUGUACAUGAUUUGCUGCUUGAUUUGGUUGUAAAUAUAUGUAAAGAACAUGAGUGUGAAUUUGAUAUUCCCUGUAAAGAAAUAAGUUGUCGCAGGUUAGUUCUAGCUAAAAAGAGUUUAGAUAAUAAUGUAAUUUCAGAAAAGCCUCUUCUUUGUCAGCGAUCUCUCCGCACACUGUCAUUCUCUCAGAAUCCUGGCAUUACAAGUAUUCCAGAACAGUUGCUUGAUCAUGUCACAGUACUCCGGAGCUCGAGUUUGAGGACACUGAAAUCAGAUUACUUCACACUGUCUAUUGACGAGAGUAAAUUAUUCUCUGUUGAAGAUGUUAGCAGUUUGACCAAUCUACAAGAAUUGUUUUUCCGUCUCGAAAAUGUACGGGUAUUGAGAAGUUUAGAAGAUGGUAUCCUUGACCGUUUGGUCAAAAUGAGAAUUCUGGGAGUACGGAAUGCUAUUCCUGCAACGGAGGGUGAUAGAGAAGAAUCCAGUCUUCCAGCAUUGCCAGAGAAGAUGAAUGCUAUGAAAGGUCUUCAACAACUUUCUCUAUGGUAUUUCUCUGUGCCAAGUUGGGUAUGUGGAAUGGAAAAUCUGACAGACCUUUUCUUGAAUAGCUGCAGUGAUUAUUCAUCGCUCCAAAAGAUGCCCAGCUUACGAUUAUUAACUUUGAAGAAUGAUUCAAAAUGCAGAGAAUUGCCAAAGGAGUUCGGAGAGAGUGGGGGAUUUCCUAAGCUAGCUAACAUGCAGAUUCAAGACUUCCCUCUUUUGGAGGAGUUGCCGGCGUUGGAAGAGGGGGCGAUGCAAGUUCUGGAAUUACUAAUAAUAGAUAAUUGUCCGCGGGUGAAGAGAGUUCCGGAGGGAUUGGAGCGCUUGAGGAGACUAAAGAAUAUAGAUGUUUAUAAGGAGGCAAGUGGUGAGUUAGAGGAGAGGUUAAAGGAAGGCGGGGAAGAUUGGAAUAAAAUCAAAGCUGACAAUACCCGCGUCGAGAUCUACAUAGAAUAA